GUCCAGCGUUAUAUUACCCGCCGACCAACAUCUGACAACAGUCGUGUCUUGAUACUGUCCGAGUGGAAGGCGCGCCAUUUUCGGUGCAUUUAGUUUACGAACGAAACUUGUGGAUUGUGGUUGACAAUGAAGGUGUUUUGUGUGCUUUUAUGUUUGUCUGUGUGCGUGUAUUCCGGGUUGGGACAGAAUGGUUUCUUCCCACGAAGAGAUGACCAAUCACCGUUCGGUUUUGCUCAGAGUUUUCUUCAAACCCCAAACAGGCUACGGGACAGGCUAAACGGCUUUUUCAACAUAAGAGGGAGACCUAGGCCUAUCAUUCACGAACAGCAAGGCGAAGAAACUUACUACCAAAACCAGAAUAACUAUAACAGGCCGGUCGUCUUCCCGUCCACAAACCCUGAGGAGCAGCCGUUCAAUUACCCAAGCCAAGAUCAGUACAAUUUUGAGCAGCCUAGUUCAUACCCAAACCAACCAAACGAGGGCUACAUACAGCCGGAAUACACUGAACAACCAGUGUCCUUCCCUAUACAAGAUAAUCCCAACACUGGCAAUUACUUCCCGAACUACGAAAACAAUCAGAACCAAGUACAGACUCAAGAAGAGAAUGUAGGUCAAGAAGGUUUCAAUCAAAAUACAAAUGAUGGGUCAGCAGCACCUAAUAAUUUUAGUCAGACAACUAAACUGCCGAGUUUGGAGCAAACGGAGGCGCCGAAGGAUGAGGAUAGGUUUGGGAGUGUGGAUGAGACGACUUCGCCGAAAGUUACCGACGCGCCGCCAAAGUUCGAGUCUCGGAGCGUCGACUUCGGCUCUUCAGGGUUUUUCAGUGAAACAUGCCAAACUGUGGAGAAUGAGCCGGGAAGCUGUAUCAACCUGAAGCAGUGUGCGCCGUACCUCAAGCUGGUCACCGAGCACAAGUCUAACCCUGGCGCGGUGCAGUUGUUACGACGCGCUCAUUGUGGAUUCGAAGGCAAUGACCCUAAGGUCUGCUGCCCGCGGCCAGGCAUCCCGACUGCUGCACCACAAACAACCACCACAACUACCACAACUCCUGCCAUUACCACUACUACCACGCCAAACCCCCCAGCACAGCCAGCGGGCAAGAGCAUCGGCCCUGAGGACUUCGUGGCGGAGUUCCCUGAUCCACCAGUGUGUGGACUCAGUAGCGCAUCAUUCAGCAGAGUUGUUGGUGGUGUUGAUGCUAAACUUGGUGACUUCCCCUGGAUGGCCCUGUUGGGGUACAGGAAGCGAACGAACCCGACGCAGUGGCUGUGCGGCGGCUCGCUGAUCUCCUCGAAGCACGUGUUGACAGCCUCCCACUGCAUCCACACCAAGGAGCAGGAACUAUACAUAGUACGUUUAGGAGAGCUGGACUUAGUGCGAGAUGACGACGGCGCGGCUCCAAUCGAUAUUUUCAUCAAGCAUAUGAUCAAGCACGAGCAAUACAACCCCAAGGCCUACACCAACGACAUCGGCAUCCUCGUUUUAGAGAAAGAAGUUGAAUUCUCCGAUUUAAUUCGGCCGAUCUGUUUGCCGAAGACUUCUGAGUUGAGGUCAAUGACAUUUGAGGACUACAACCCAAUGGUUGCCGGUUGGGGUAAUCUUGAAGCGCGUGGUCCCGCAGCAACUCAUCUCCAAGUGGUACAGUUGCCAGUGGUGAGCAAUGAUUACUGCAAGCAGGCGUACCGUAACUACACCCAGCAGAAGAUCGACGAGAGGGUCCUCUGCGCUGGCUACAAGAAUGGCGGCAAGGACUCCUGCAGGGGAGACAGUGGUGGACCCCUCAUGCAGCCUAUUUGGAACAGCCAGAGCUACAAAACGUAUUUCUUCCAAAUUGGCGUUGUCUCCUUCGGCAAGGGCUGUGCGGAGGCCGGAUUCCCAGGAGUGUAUUCCAGAGUCACCAACUUCAUGCCCUGGCUGCAGGAGAAAGUGCUCGGGCACGCGUGACAACCCUAAUGACUCGACUGAUGUGAUUGUAAUUUAAUACUGAGUGAUUAGUACAUGAAACUAAAUGUGAUUUUGAAGUGUGUUUAUUGUUACCAACUAUGUAUUUUAAUGAAUAUUUCUGGACAUUUUUAUAGAACCAAGUGAGAUAGCUAACCGAUUAUCAAGCGACCGCGAGCGCCAUAACUUUCUAACUGACCAUGAGUAUUACAUUUGCAUUGUUCCUCAUUUACAUUGCUCUUUUGGAAUGGGUAGGCACACCAAGAAAUUUCGCUAUUCCAAUUUCAAAAUCUUUUAAUUUUUUUUCUUUUUUUACUUUUUACACUCCAAGAUUUAGAUGAAGGUUUUUUAUUAUUUUGUAUAUUUUGUGUGUGUUUUUUGUUUUGUUACAAUUUGUUUUUUAUUUUUAUUUCAAACCGAUAGAAUUAACUCCCAGUGUUAGAUAAUUAUAUUUAAUUAAGUAUUUAUGUAAUCGUCGAAAUAUUUCGGAUCUAACGUAUUUUGUCUCUGAGAUCAUAAAAGCAAUGAAAUAUUCUAGUAUAAUAAAAUAAAAAUAAAACAAUGGUUUGAACUGUGACGACGAUUGUAAUAUUUAUUUACGUUAUAUUAAUUAUAUUUUAAUGUUAAUAAAUAUCAUGAACAAUCUUUAAUAAAAUUUUAUACCUAUUAUAAA